AAAGUAAAUUUCCAUUUGUAAUAAUUUGAAUAAGAAAAGAAAGAUAAUCAGAAUGGCACUGGCAUUCCGUGGUGUAAUCAGAAAUGUAGCUCGUCGGCUUCAAGUACGUAACUAUGCAGAUGCUCCCAAAGGUGACGAAAUGGCAUUGACCUUCGCUGCGGGUAAUAAGGUCUUUUAUGACAAACAAGUUGUCAAACAAAUUGAUGUACCAUCAUUUAGUGGUGCUUUUGGUAUCUUACCUAAACACGUACCUACCCUGGCUGUUCUUAGACCUGGUGUUGUUACAAUUCUUGAAAAUGAUGGGAAACAGAAUAAAAUCUUCGUAUCGUCUGGCACAAUUACAGUAAAUGAUGACUCCUCAGUUCAGGUUUUAGCCGAAGAGGCUCACCCUCUGGAGAGCAUUGACCGUAGUGCUGCACAGGAGGCCCUCAGUAAAGCACAGUCUGAAUUCAAUUCUGCUUCUAAUGAAAAGGCUAAAGCUGAAGCUGCUAUUGCUCUAGAAGUAGCUGAAGAGAUUGUGAAGGCUGCAUCUGCGUAAUUUUUCGAGCUACAUAAAAUGAGAUUGAACUGUUCGCUCUAAACCAUCAUUAUUUAAUUACCUCUAUGUAUAAAUAAAAACAAUUCUCUGUA